GGGGGUGGCAAAAGCACUCCGACAUCCUAGCCUCCACGAAAAAUUGCCGCAGGUUUUGAGCUACUAUGAAGGAAGCCAGAUUCUUCACGUUCGAUAUUACCGCUUCGCAGAAAUCUUGAAAAGGUUUCCUCGUGAUGAAAAUGAAUGGAUGCGUUAUUUGUUUACAACAGAUGCAUUGGCUCUCCGGUCACUGACAAGGUACCUCUACAAUGUGGAUCCGGACACGUUCUCUUAUACCGUGCGCUUCAUCAUUGCCGAAAGCCUGCUGACCACCGCAUCGUACGCCUUCGUCGAUAUCUACGACAUGCCUCCGGCAGCAGCGUCCCGGUCUCGCAUGGUAGGGUGCGCCAACCUGUCCUUGAUGCUGCUUCCCACCAUGACCGAGUACCAUUUCUUCCAGGAGUGGCUCGGACAAGAAAAAUCCACUCCUCCACCGAGCCUCUUCGACCUGCUACCGGAGAAGUUAAGUCUUGUCGACCCUUUUUCCAGAAUGCGAGAACGAACAAAAGCAAACCUUGUGGGAACACUCCGCAACAUCACCGUCGUCCCGGGCCACGAUGCUGGCUAUAAUUCAAUGGAGGACAUACGUAAUAUCACCGCAUUCAAAGGUCUCGGCAUCGACUUCACCAGCUGGGUGCUAAACGCGUUCAAGUCGAAGGCACAGUUCCGAGCCAACCUGCUGAUCGGCGCGCAGGAGAAGCUUCCCGCCAACGAUCACAUCUUGGACCUCAACCCCGGCGCAACCUACGACGCUUCCGAAGACGUGCUGCGCGUGCUUCCCAGCCUCCUGCUUCCGCCAUUCGACGUACCAGCCAAGCCUUCCGCCUUCACUUUCGGCCACCUGGGCUCGUACGUGGCCGAAGCGUUCGCGCAGGCCGCGCUGCCCGAGAGCCUAUCGGGCCAUCUGUCUAGAAUAGACUACUCUACUCAGGCCGACCGUGAUGCAUUCCUCGAGGAGCUGGACUGCAUUCGCGGCGAGGGAACUAGUACAGAUAAGGUCCUGCUCGACUUUGAAACAUCGCUGAACCUUCUGACCAGCGUUAUUGGCGUCAAGGUCGCCCACAAGGCUUGGGAAGACUGGAAGGAUCGAGGCACCGCGGACUUCGUGCCCUAUGUGAAGACCGACGAGCAGGCAUUCUUCAUCGGCUUCUGCUUACGACACUGCGGCGUCGCCAACGACAGCCAGUACAGCGACCUCGAUAGUCCCCGCGAAAAUUCCAGCCUGCCGCGCUCGGAGUUGUGCAACUUACCGCUACGGCACACUUUAGAGUUUGCCAAUGCUUUCUCAUGCAACGUGAAUAGCAGCAUGGCGCCAGAAGAUAAAUGUGCUUGAUGCAACCGCAUGUACCCGUGCAUUUCUGCUUUGCAAUUUUAUUGCUAAGAUUUCUUAUUUAUUUUCUUUAC